UUGCCUUAGUAGCACUCGGAGUGUAUGGUUCUCUUUGGGCCUUGCUGACUCCAUGCCUGGUGUCUCACUGAGUGAGUCCACCUGUCCCCUUAUUAAGGAAACACACACCAUCACUCCCGCUGCUCCAUUGCCUACCAAAAAGAUGACAUCAUUGCAACACACACACAGAUGGAUGCAGUGGGGGACACACACAUUGAUACACUCUACAUAUGGGCAAGCGGUCAUUUUUUUAGCCUUCUCAAUCUGUCAAACAGUCUCUGAUUGGGUGGAGAUCCUGGAGCCACGCUCCCGUGAGCGUAUGUAUGUGAACUUGACCACUGGUGAGUGCGGCUGGGAUCCCCCCUCAGGCGUUCCUGUCCGCCAGGCAGACGGUAACCAGUGGUGGGAGCUAUUCGAUCCCCAAAGUGGCCGCUUCUACUACUACAACUCUACUGGGCGUCGCACAGUCUGGCAUCGACCCCUGGGAGCUGAUAUAGUGCCCCUCUCCCAGCUCCAGGCCAUGAGGCGAUGCAGUGAGGCCAAGCGGGCUGGAGGGGCCGUGGACAGGCACCACCAUGGGAACACGGGGAGUAUCAGCAGUGUAGGGAGCCAGGGGCGCUUCACACCUUUGCCCGAGCAGGAGGGAGACAACCCUGUCCCCAGAGCUCCACAGACCAAUGAUGAGCCUGCCAACCCUGAGCUGGACCCGGCAGUGGACAGCAGAUUGCAAGGAGACGGAAGCAGCACCAAAAACGGCACAGACGGCAGUAAAGACCCCCAGAGGGAUGCUUAUCAAAGAUGGCAGCCCGAACCUGGUUCUAAGGCAGCCAUGUUGGUGAAGGUGAACAGCAUGAGCCGUAGCCAACCUAUCCCAGCCUUGCAUCAGCAGCACCUCCAGCCCAGUCCGCACAGCAAAGCCAACACCGUCAACCUGCACCCCUCUAGCAGUAAGACCCAAGGAGGACAUCUAAGCUCUACCCAGGGAUAUAAAACCGCCCCUUCUGGCAAAAUGACAACUGACACACGUCAGGCCCAUCACCUGAGAAAAGCCAGCAAUGGCAGCUUCUGUUUGGUGACAUCAGACAGUAGCCAUCCUAGUCCGCUCCUUCACAGGUCACAGACCAGCACGCCAUGCCCGGUCUCUCCCCAGUAUGGUUGCACUACCCCAAUCUAUGACGAGCCAGUUUCAGAAUGUCCCAUAUAUGAUGAACCCCCAACAGACAUGGAAGUUGAGGGGGCGCACCUGUACAACGGACAACCUCUGUCUCGUCUGACACCUACCCAUAGCCUCCAAAAAUCCAGACACCUCCAGCACCGUGGUUCAUCUCAUUCAGGGUCAAGACACAAGAGGAAUCCCUCUGCCUCUGACUACAGCCCAGCAGGUCUGGAGUGCAUCAAGCACAUGAUAAACGUAGACCCCAAACAGGGGCUUCUAUCUGGCUCUCCUGUACCCACACGUACCCCUUCCCCUACCUCCAGGCAGGAUCCUGUCUUGCCCCACCCUCAACUACAUCCCCAGGCCCACUCUUUGCCCCAGGCUCGAGGCCAGAUGAGGGACAGAGAGCCAGGGACCCCGGGCCCAAGUACACUGGACAAGAAGCAAAGCUGGCGGGUCCUUGAGGCCACUGUCCAACGCGCCAUGGAGGCACGACACAGCAGACAGAGCAGCCAGGCUUCGCAGGACUUCCCCUCUUCAACCCCCCAGGCCACAGCAAACUAUCAAGACUCUGGUUACUCCACCGGCCCCUCCCCAAGUCUGAGAAGAAAGAGCAGGAGGAGAGUGGGAGCUGGUGGUGGUGCAGGAGGCAGGCCGGGGUCGGUAGGCAGCAGCGGGGAACUGUGUGCUCUCAACGAGAGGCUCAUGGCCGAGAUGAGGGAGGUGGUGAGUCGCUCUAACACCAUGCGGGAGGUGAGAGCGGAGCUGGACCAGGAAAUGGGGGAGAGGGUUGUCGUACCUCGGACACGCUCCCCUGCGGACUCACUCAGGUGGUACGGAGGAGGGGGAGGGGGGUCAGCAAGCAGGUGCGCAUCACGAGAGGAACUGACCGGGGCUCCCCGGUCACUGAGUAGGGCAGGUAACCAUGGCAACCCUGCGCUGACCCCUCUGGAGAUACCAGGAAGGCAGAAAAGGACCUAUGAAAAGGUAGACACCUUGGAGAUGAGUGUGAAUAGCCAGGCCAGCCUGUCCUCUCCAGAGACCCCAGGACCAACUUCCCAAGCGGGCACCCUAGAACUGCAGGCUCAGUUGGAGAGCAGAAAGAAAGGCAUGGUGGAUGGGCGGACUGCUUCCCUAGGCCCUCAUCGCCCUGUCAACCAUGACAACAGAGAAGGAGGUGAUGUGGAAGGUGGAAGAGCACGGGGAUCCUCCUUCCAGCUCUCCUACGCCACCCUGCGGCAGCCCCCACCUCCCGACAUGGGCAUGGAGGACUGGGCCAGCAAGCACCUCAACAUGCACACCCAAGGCCUGUUCCGUCGCCGUGUCUCCAUUGCCAACAUGCUGUCAUGGAACCGCGGUUCCAUCAAAAAGCCCAUGCUAGUCACCAGCAACCGCGCCGUCAGGAAGGAGGCCUGCGAGAUGUUCAAACUGGUGCAGGCCUACAUGGGAGACAGGCCUUCGCGUCUUGACCGCCGUCACUGUGCCCUCCUCAUUAUCACCAAGUGCUGGGACAUGCCAGGGCUGCGGGACGAGCUGUACGUGCAGCUGGUGAGGCAGACCACAGGCAAUGCCACCCCGAGAAGUUUGGCGGGAGGCUGGGAGCUGAUGGCUGUCAGCUUGGCGUUCUUUGCCCCCUCGCCCAAGUUCCGCUGCUACCUGGAGGGCUACAUCCAGAGACACACGGACCCUGCCAGCGACAAGAAAUGUGAGUCUCAGACUGAGCAACAUGUGACUCAGUUCAUAUUGGAGCAUCAGGAACUAAAGCUGAAGAAGAAUUCAAAGUCCAGAAAAAAGAGGAAACAGAAUACAGAUGAGGAAGAAGGUCUGCCUAUCAGCACAUAUGCCAAGUUCUGCCAUAGGAAACUGCAGAAGGUGGCGAUCACCGGAGGCAAAAAGGGUCUACGUAAGCCCACCUUGGAGGAGAUCGACCACAGUAGGCGGGCCAUCGUCACUCCCUCCCUGUUUGGCAGUUCUCUGGAGGAGGUGAUGGAAAGGCAGAGCGAGCUCUUCCCAGAUAGGAAACUGCCCUGGGUGCAGGUUCAGCUUUCCCAGUAUGUUCUGGCUCUGGGCGGGGCUCAGACCGAGGGCAUCUUCAGAGUGCCUGGAGACAUUGAUGAAGUGAAUGCGUUGAAGCUCCAAGUAGACCAGUGGAGGAUCCCAGAGAAUCUCUCUGACCCCAAUGUUCCUGCCUCUCUAAUGAAGCUGUGGUAUCGGGAGCUGGAGGAACCUCUCAUCCCAAUGAACUUCUACAAGCAGUGUGUCAGUAACUGUGACGACCCGGUGGCGGCCAUCGCUGUGGUUCAGUCUCUGCCUGAGCUCAACAGGCUGGUGCUCUGCUACUUCAUCCACUUUCUGCAGGUAUUUGCUCAGCCAUCCAAUGUGGCUAUAACCAAGAUGGAUGUGAACAACCUGGCUAUGGUGAUGGCACCUAACUGCCUUCGAUGCCAAUCCGACGAUCCACGGAUCAUCUUCGAAAACACACGCAAGGAGAUGUCCUUCCUGAGAAUGCUAAUUGUUCACCUGGAAACCAGUUUUAUUGAAGGGGUGGUGUAAACACUGCGAACCACAGAGCCCACCUCAAGUGCUGAAUCAGCAUCUCCAGCUCCACAUUUACAAUCAUGCAUAAACACUUUUGUGUACAGACCACACUGGAAAUUCUUCAGUUGAGAUAUUACAACUCUCACAAGCAGUGUGAGAGCAGCUUGGACUUUGGACCCUUGUUUUCCCUUGCUUUCUUACUGAGAGACAAGACACCUUAGGUCUCACUGUGUUUUUUGAUACUAAAAUCAACAGUGACCGAUUUUAAAGUGGCUCACUUUAAUGACCAGAUUUUCUAACCGCUGCAAGUGAAAACAGGUUUACUCUUUUGUUUCUUACCAAAUGGGUAGUACUACGGCUCCAUAGAACAGCUGCGCUGUGUCAAGGGAGAGUCUUACAGUAUUUACUUUACUUGCACAACAAAACAUAAAGGCAGCAGCAUUGACAUUCUGGUUUCCUUCAAGUGUAUGUAUGUAUGUAUGUAUGUGUGUGUGUGUGUGUUUGUGUUAUUGUCAAAGUGUGAAUGAAAGACACCCUUCUUUUAUCAUGUACAGAAAAUAUAUUAAAAAAAAAAAGUUGAACUAUUGUAAUGGUGUCUUACUAAUAAGCUUGCCUGUGCUGUUUUGACAAGUUGUACUGAACACUCGUCUCCUCAUAUUUCAUUUUUACGAGACACAAGAAGCCGCUCCACUACAACUAUUCUGACUGAGUACAGAGCCUCCAGGAUGUGCUGCAAGCUCUUUAUAACGGAUGGUGGCGAUUUUCUAUGAAAAUAAACUUAGAAAGUGAUUUCAUUUUCCUUUUUUUUUUUUCUUUUUUUUUUUAACACUCAAGUGAAGUUAGACAAGAGUGAUGUAAUUACAGUUUAUGUCAUAAGGAUGUUGGAGGUUAGUAAGGUAAUACUCUUUCUCUAUUAUCUAUAAAAAAAAGGCUUUCAGUUGGAAUUGUGUUCUCUUUUGUUUGUGGUCUGUAUGUUUUUUUUGGGCUCAGGUCUUAUGAUAAAACGGGUGUUGGAUGUGAUAACUGUACAUGACUUCCCUUACAGACGGAAUAUUUGAUUAAUCUAACACAAACCCCUGUAAUGAGAAUUAAUUAUUGUUCAACUGUCAAGCACUAUGAGAAUGUAGAUUAAGCUUCUUGUGUCCCCUUUCAGGCUUUGACCGUGUAAAUAAAUGCUGCGUGUAAAUAGUAUUAACUCUGCUUAAGUGUAUUCUAAUGAUCCAGGUUAAGAGUGAAGUUAAAUGUUGCUGUAAAGAGCAAAAAAGGUGUUUUUGUAA